AUGCACUACCAACAACUUUUCGCGACUCUCGCCCUCGCCGCGCCACUCGUGGCAGCCGCGGGAUAUUCUUCCCAGCUCGGCUGCUUCACCCAGGUCCCCUCUCUGACGCAGGUCGAGUCUUACGAGUUCCAGAACAACGGCUACUGUAGAAACAAGUGCGCCGGUGCCAACUACCUCUAUGCGGCUCUGAAGGACGACGACUGCGGCUGCAGCAACUCCGCGCCUACAUCUGAAUCCCAAAUCAGCACCGCCAAGUGCUCAACUCGCUGCUCAGGCUAUCCCACUGACAUGUGCGGUGGCCAGGACUCGUGGACCGUCAUCCGCGCCAUGGAUGACGCCGAUUCCUCCGAGGACGACGACGACAUAGUCACCAGUGCUGCCAACGUCGGAAUCGCCGAUCCCAUUACUGCGUCCGCGCCUGCGGCUUCCGCCUCCGAGUCUUCAGCCCCAUCUUCCACUCCCACCAUCAUCGGGCCCAUGAAGACCGCGACCGACGUCGCCGAGGCCACCACCACCAACGGCAUCAUCGUCCCUGUCAGCGUCAGCCCGGACUCCAUUCCAACCGGAAUUCUGACGGCCGCUUCGUCUGCUGGUAAGCACACUACUACCGACGCUGCGUCGUCGACCAUGGUCACCGCUACCAAGGCGACUGCCACGACCAGCUCCAGCGCCAGCGCCAGCCCUACUUCCACCGGCAACGCGGCGGGAGCCCUCCGCGCCGCCCCUGUGGCAGGUGUCCUGGCGGCUGGUGUUGCGCUGCUUCUGUAG